AUGUCCAUGUCAGCCGGCGCAAGAACUGCAGCAUCAGUGGGCACCAGCUCUAAGAAGCCUUUGUUUGGUGAGCUCCUGGGGCACCUUUCGUCGAAGAUGGACAGAGCAUCGAAGGCCCUAAAGGAUGUGCCGCAGAGAUUUCUCGAUGUGCUGGUUGAUGCAACCUUCAGAUUUACUGAUCAAGCUCUGAAUCCCUCCGAGAGCAAUUUCGCGCCGGUCGAUGAAAUUGGUGAAGCCAUAGAGAUACACCAGAAUCAGAUUGAAGGAGACAUACCGGAUGAUUUCCCCGAGGGGGUGUACAUCAGAAAUGGUUCCAAUCCACUCUUUGGUGCCCUCCAUUCCACGUCCUCAAUCUUCGGACAAUCCAGGGAGAUAUGGGUUGAGGGGGAGGGCAUGCUCCAUGCCCUCUACUUCACCAAAAACACUUCAGGCUCCUGGUCACUCUCCUAUGCCAACCGCUAUGUGCAGUCCGAGACGCUCAAGCUAGAGACAGCCCGGCAGAAACCUUGUUUCCUCCCUGCCAUCGAGGGCGACUCUGCAGCCGUCAUCGCCGCCUACAUUUUCAACCAUCUGAGAUUUGGCAAGGUGAACAAGGACAUCAGCAACACCAAUGUGUUUGAGCUUGCCGGCAGGGUGUUUGCUGUCGCUGAGAACCAUCUACCUCAAGAGAUCUGCAUAGAUAACCUCGACACUGGCGGUACAUGGGACAUUGGUGGGGAAUGGGAUCGGCACGCUUUCACGGCACAUCCAAAGGUAGCUCCUGGAUCAGGGGAGCUUGUCAUCUUUGGAAUGGAUGCAAAGAGGCCAUUCCUUGUAAUUGGUGUUGUCUCGGCUGAUGGAACCAAACUAAAGCAUAGAGUUGACCUCAAGCUGGACAGAUCUACACUUUGUCAUGAUAUAGGAGUUACUCUGAAGCACAAUGUAAUCAUGGAUAUACCACUUACUAUCGACAUCAGUAGACUCGUUAAAGGUGGCCAGUUGAUUCAGUUUGAGAAGGAAAGUUAUGCAAGAAUUGGGGUGAUGCCCCGUUAUGGUGAUGCAGAUUCAGUUGUCUGGUUUAGUGUUGAACCAUUCUGCAUGUUCCAUCUUGUCAACUGUUUUGAAGAUGGCGACGAGGGACUUCGUUCACCUGACUCCAUAAUACCAGGUCCAAGACUUGCGCUGAACAAGUGUGACUCUAAAAUGUCUGAGCUUACUGAAGAUGACAAGCCCAUGAAUGAAGGAACUACAGAGGAGUUUUUCUUUCGGCUAUACCAUUGGAGGUUAAACUUGAAAACAAAGAGUGUCUCAGGGGAAUAUUUAACUGGGACAGAGUUUUCGCUGGAGUUUCCAAUUAUCAAUAACCAGUACACAGGCUUGCAACAUAGUUAUGCCUAUGCACAAGUAGUGGAUUCUUGUGGCAAUUGUGGGAAAGUAAAUCCGAAAUAUGGAGGUUUUGCGAAAUUCUACCUUGAUGAGAGAAACAACACAGAGAUAUCAGGUGCAAGUCCCAUAAAGAUGCAGUACCAUUGGCUUGGUAAACAUGAGUUCUGCUCUGGAGCAUCAUUUGUACCGAGAGUUGGUGGGUCACAUGAAGAUGAUGGGUGGAUAAUUUCGUUUGUACAUGAUGAGAAAGCUAAUACAUCACAGGUGCAUAUAGUUGAUGCUAAAAGAUUUGAAGAUGCUCCUGUUGCAAAAAUAACAUUGCCACGAAGAGUACCUUAUGGCUUUCAUGGAACUUUCAUCAGUAAAAAAUGA